CUUUAAUGUGAACAUCCAGAAGCUUUUUCUGGCGCGCCAUGCCUCAUGCCAUGGCUGGCCUUCGGACUUGCUAUGGCUGCAGCUUUGGUAGUGGCAGAUCCCAAGCUUGCAGUGAACAAAUGGAGUGGUUGUGCUGAGGUCACACCUGGCAGCCCUUUUCCGUUGUACUUCGAGCCGUGUGCUACAGCAGAGUGGGAGGUGCUGCUGGACGACAACGACAGUAAGUCGCAGCUCACAGCGAAGCUGACGCUGCCCGAGGCUAAGAACCUGUUGGGCUGCACCGAGCACAAGUUGAACUUCGAUGGCAGCAUCGUACUACUCCAGCGAGGGGGGUGCUACUUUUCCUGGAAGGUGCUACUGGCUGAAGCAGCAGGAGCCGGAGCAGUCCUGAUUUUCGACACGGCUCCUGUCCAAGUGACAGCCAUACUUGCAGUUCCAGGGCCUUUUCCAAAUCCCAGGAUUCCUGGCUAUUUGAUUUCUCGUUCUCAAGGUGAAGAACUACUGGCAAGAUUGGAUGGUGGUGAGGAGGUCCAAAUCCUCUGCAGCUGGAGCCCUGUAGAUGUGUGGUUCAAUCUUCCAGAGUCCUCUCGCGAAUCCAACGACAGCAUCAUCUUGCAGAACUAUGGGGACGAAGACAUGCACUGGGUGGUCGAUAUCAUCGACACCAAUGCGAGCUUCGAAACGGAUCCGUUCUACACGGCACGCUUCAACAAGGAGCAGGCAGUCUUCAACACAUCCGAGAUGAAGGACCUCGCAGUCUUUAAUACAUCCGCAGAGGAAUUGGAGCUGGCAGAGCUGGAUGAUGACUUCCAUCUUCUUAAGAUGCCAUUUCGAUUUCCACAUUACCUCGAUUUUAAAGAGGACGUCUUUGUGUCUUCGAAUGGUGUUUUGGUGUUUGAUCGUGUCUUCUCCAACAUAGUCGGUUCAAUUGCUGACUUCGUUGCACCAGCUGCUCUGAUCGCACCCCUAUGGGCAGAUUUGUUUGGUGGCUCUGUCUCUGGACGAGGUGACGUGCAGCGCUUGGUUCUACGCUUCCAGGGCUUUUGGUUGAAGCCAACGGCGACAACGAAGCCAUCAGGUCCAUUCACCUUUGAAGUUGGCUUGUUGAACGACGGUGAGAUCCACGUCCGUUGGGAAGCGUUCCCCAGCACUGAAGGUUGGCAAGGGCUGGUGCAAGUGGGCUUGGAGCCUGGCAGCGGAGCCAAAGCGCUGAAGCUCAGUGCUCUCAUUCCUUGGUUUCAAGGUCCGCCUCUCAGUGUAUCUCUCGUGCCACGCUUGAAACUUUCAACUUCGCCCAGUCGAUUGUCUCCGAAGCAGUUCCUGACCAUCAACAUUGACAUCACCAGCGCUCUUCCCCUUGAUUGGCUCUUCUUCUACGCACAAAAACGUCACCUGGGAUCUUGGCAUCCACGGCGCAACGUGCGACUGCUGCCCCGAAGCUUUCGCUAUGUUUGGGUGCUCAGUGCGUGGGACGGUGGUCUGCACAGCGGCACCUGUGCCGAGUUCGACGGAGUCCUGCGACGGAGCAGGACUCGUAGAUGUGUUGGAAGCGAUGGAGAGGACUACAACGAGAGCUACUGUGUUGGCAGCUGCCUGGACAUCUCUGAAGACUUCGAUUACCCAAUCAAGCACAUCUGGAAAGACGGCUACAACAAUCGCUGCGAGGACUACCGAGCUUUGUCUUUCUGCAACGCCACUGGCUAUGGGCCGAAAUGGCAGAGUUGGUGGGGGAGAUUCGAGGAUUGGGUCUCCAGUGGCCCUGGUGCUGGUGAGGCAUGUUGUGUUUGUGGUGGAGGUGUCCUCUCCAUAUCUCCACAUGUAUCUGAGGAGUGUCCCAGUGUGAAGUGUCCAAUCAACUCGCUGGGCCUGAAUGUGCUCCGCGGCUGCAGCUGCCGCGCAGGAUUCCAGGGACGGGUGACACCCUUAGCGCAAGAUCCAUACUACGCAGGACACUGUUCUCCAGUGGCUUGCCCGAAACAUUCAUCUGGAGAUCAUGUAGCAGAUGGUUGUGUUUGUGAUGAGGGCUACAUUGGUAGCAUCAUCCCAUCCAGCGAAGAACCUUUCUUUACAGGUAGUUGUCAGGCAAAGGCAGCAACAACGUUUACAUGGACCACAACCACAAGUGGCAGUACGACAAGCACUACUCAACCAAGCACAUCAAGGAGUGCCGGAACCUCAACCACAUCUAUGCACUCAUCUCAUACUUCCACCAAUGGGGCUUUGACCUCUUGGAGACACCCCCGGGUCACUUCAACUAGCUCAAGUUCCACCAGCCCAGAAAGAACUAUGGCUGGAACACCGCUGGAAGGACGAAACGUCCAGUUCUCCAGCACCAGCACCAGCAGCAGCAGCAGCAGCAGCAGCAGCAGCAGCAGCAGCAGCACCAAACUUCGAACAUCAACUUCACUCCCAUCUACAUCGACCGAAGUGUCCAUCACUUUUACGCAAGGGUCCAGCACCAGCCAGCACCACUCAGACGCAACUGAGACUACAUCCAGCACCCCUCAGAUGCAGAACAUCACAAAGACAUCGACUUCCUUUACAUUUACAUCAACCUUUCGACCUCCGACAAGUUCAACAACUUCCUCUGAACUCUCAACAUCACCUCUGAACUUCAGGCAGAACAUCUCAACUUCAUUUGACAUGGUGUCAUGGAAUCCAAGGACCAGAAGCACAAGCUUCGCACUAGCUUCGCACUCAACAUCGAGGAAAGGAGCACCGUCACACCCGUCACACCCGACCACGAGCAGGGCGGCCACGAGCACCUUCGAGCACAGUCGCGCUUUCACGACAUCUCCCAGCGGAGAUUUUGAACAACAGGAGCGCGAAGGAGCUGUAGCGGCCAAUGUGGAGCAAUCUGCGCAGGUGGAAAGGCCCAAAGAAGUAGGUCUGGACACAUCCACCAGUCGCAAGGUUAAUCUUCCCGGAUGGAACCCAUUUGGCAAGGUCGCGGCCAUGCUGAUGCAAGGUUCAGAGAGCUCUGGGCCCUCAGCAUCAGCACUGAUUGUCAUUCUGCUGAUUUUCAUGCCUUGCUUAGCUUGCUUUUGUGGUGCAGGACGAUUCCUGGCAACAAAGGUCACACGAGUCACACCGCUUCUUCCGGGAACGGAAGCAGCGAGGGACACCGCGGUCCGUGGACCCGUCCGUCCCGGUCCUGUCAGCCCUUUUGGGAGCCCUGCCGGUCCACCGGUGGUGGUGUGUGCCCCUGUGCGGCAUGCAGAGCAUGCUGUGAAAGAGGCAUGACACAUGCCAUGCUGUAAAAGAGGAAAACAAAAGAACCAU